UUUAUUUUUAAAGAGAGAAGAACUUUGAACUCCACAUAAUACAUUAAGUGUUGUGCUACAUGGCUAGAAGUUCAUUUGGAAACAAAAUAUCUUCUACACCAUUAUUUCUGCCAAAGAAAGUUCCAUUGGCAUAAUUUGGUGACUCACUUGCUUUUUAGUACAAUAUUGUUUCUUUUUAAAAUUUAUUAAUACUUUUCUACAUCUUUCGAAGAUAACAGUUAGAACUGAAAACAGUAUUCCAGGAGAUUUAUAUUACAACGUUAUAACAUUUUCAGUAUUCUUUUCUCUUCCAUUCUUUAUAUAUUUAAAUAUAUUGUUUGGUAUAUUGGCUGCUGCUGGACACGAGCAGAGGUCCAAAAUGUUACCUUUGGAUUGUAUAGUCAUCUGUACUUUUCUGUGCUUGUUUGGUUUGUGCUGCACUUUGAAGAAACUGUUCCCUUUAGUUAACUGUCUGCAUUGUAUCUCUCUGAAUAUUUUGAAGAGUAUAAAGGUAAGCUACAAAGUGUCCAGUUUUUCUACAAACUUUGUCACGCUGGUGGUAAAUGGGCAGUAUGUUGCCUCCUGAGACUGUGUGGAUUUGCACAAUUCACGGUAACGGUGUUCUGGAAUAUUCUCACAUCUUAGUAAAACAUCUAUAUUUCUCUUGUUUUCAUUCAUUCUAUCCCACACAAUGACAAAAUGGAACCCUUCACACCAAAACCUUCCAGAUUGGACAUUCAGCACUCAAGAACAACCAGUGGUGGGACUUGGCAAAGCAAAUAGGGCAUGUCAUUAAGACAUCAGAUUGCUGUUUAAUCUUUUUUUCUCACAGAACACUAUCUGAAUGUUUCUGUUUAUAUUCAUUCUCUUGAUUCUAAUACAAAUCUAAUCUGAACAUGGGAUUUGCCAUAUGCUUAAAUAUAGGAUUUCUUCUAAAUGUAAGGCCUAUUCAGUUCAAAGAACUCAAUAGGGACAGUCAACUUUCGAAAAUAUCCCAGUUUAGUUUCUAGUGUAUAAAACUUUCUGCUUUUAAACUGGAUAGCCCAGUUGCAUGUCUAUUAAAUCAAAACUUUCUUAAAAUAGUUUUGUUUCAAGCAAACUUCAAAAUCUCUUGUGUUCUGCUAAGGCCUGCCUCUUUGAUAUACUUUUGUUCAUUUUUCCAUAUUUUGUGGAAUUUGCCUUGCUGGUUUUUUUAAUAGCAUAAGAAAACACUUGAGCUUUUAAUUUUUUGUGUGUGUGUGUGAUCAAGUAAUUGGCAGCUGAAGCCAGAAGGUUUUGUUUCCCUAUUUGGUUGGGUGCAAUUAUAUUGUCUGUGGAUGAUUCCACAUAGUUUUUAAAAAAAUGCUUAGGAUUGUCAAUGAGAACACUUAUGUUAAUUUUAUCCUUGCUUUUGACAUACAGUUUGAUUAAGAUUUCAAUGCUGCAGACAACAUCAGAACAAUUGUGUAGAUGCAACACUUAAAUUUUGAAGAAAAUUUGUUUUAAAUUUAACAGCAUUAUAAACAUCAAGUAAAGCUCUGUAUCAUCUUCGUCACCUGAAACACAUCAGUAGGCCUGCCAUAUUUACGUCCAAAGGAAAUAAAGACUUGGAUGGAAAGUGGCUUGCUCAUCUUCAACCUCGAUGAGACGGAGGUGAUACCAGUAUGAAGAGAGACAAACCUGGGUGGGACAAAUAGGAAUUUUCAUCUAGUUCUCUAAUAAGGGCAUAUACCCUCCAAUUGUCAAUAUGGUCAAAGCAUUGGAGUCAUAAAACCUACUCAUAGACGUCCAGAUGGCUCAACAGCAGCCAACCUUUGGCUGCACAGGAGUCUGUCACUGCUUCCAGAUGUGGAUUUAGCUACAGUUAUUGCCACAUAAAACUGCAUUACUACAAUUUGGCUUCAUCCAAAAGGCUAUCGGCAAACUACAAUUUUAUUCAGCACAUACCACCUAAUCUGCUAAGUGGAGUGAACCAAUAAAAGUACAUAACACAGUACUAUCAAUUACAUUGGCUGCCAUUUGAUUUUUCAUAAAAAUUGAGGUGGUACUUCAAAGCCCUGGAUGCACUUAAAACCAAGAUCUCUCUAAGAAUUAAUCCCAAUCCCUUUCCUAAGAACAUUAAUUGAUGGAAUACAGAUUCAAGAUCAAAUGAGCUCACAGCAGUGCAUUCACAGGGAAGAUCUCUGGAACUCAUUCCCACCGAAGUUCAGGCUGACAUGAAGACUUACAUCAUAGUGUAAAAGUGUCCUCUUUCACGUGGGCAUUGCCUUCGUAUGAUAUUACUAACUAAUCCCAACAUCAUGCAUUUGGGGCAAUCGCCCAAACCGUCGCUACCUAUAAGAAAGCAAAGGGAGGGGAGAGGGUGACUCCUGAUGGAUAUGUUGCUAUGCAACGUCAUCUAGAAAUGUCUCAGUGCCUAGAUACGCAUUAUGCAAUGGCAUCUACAUGUAUAGAAAUGCUUGUACAGGGAAGAUGCGAAUUCAUUUUACAUGUUGAUGCUUGGGUAGGCGCUACACAGAAGGAGAGUCUAUAUCAUUAAUCUUUAGUUUUGUGCAUGCUUUAAAGAACAAACUUUUUUUAUUUUUUAACAUAUAUCAACUUUCUCACAAUCUAGGCAACAGCUGAGGAUCAGAUUCUAUUUACAUGACAUUUAAAAACCACAGGAAAAAACCUCCACUGCUCUUUGUUGUUGUUCAAAGAAUUUUGGAACUAUCAGUGCUGCAAGUUGAGAGAAUCCUGUAGAGAACUGAAAAUAGAAUUUUAUGGUUUCAGAGCUUGAAGCAACACUUACUCAUAAAGAUAAAAUGCAUACUCUCCGAAUGAUAGCUAAGCAACACAUUUGAGAGACUGUCACUAUGAAAAUUGUUUGUGUCCAUUGCUGUUGUAUUUGACUAAACCAGCAAAGAGCCACUUGUUUUGAAAUGCAGCUAAAGAAAAUGAGGGAAAUUUUACCAAAACUGUAUACAAGCCAAGUUAAUGACAUAAAUAAUUCUUUGACUACAUCUCCAAAGCAAGCCAAUGAGGAUGAAGCAAAUCAACCAAAAGGGACUGAAGGCCAGAAUUGUGUCUAUCAAGCGGCUGAAGCUGAGGAUAAGCUGUCAUUGAUCCUUUGUAUAAAGUGCAGAAGUGUGCAAAAACUUCCAGUGCAUGAAUUACAAAAGCAUAACAAACCCAGGCAGACUGAAGACAAAAACUUCAUUUGCAGCAGCUGUAGUCUGAAUACGCCACCGACUUUCCAUUUUGUAGCUGACAGUGCCACUGCCAUAGAUUUAGAAAAUCAAGAAAAACCAUCCCUAAGUAAAACUCAAAAAACAUUUAAAGUAAAAAACUUUCAACCAGACAAAUAUUACUGCGAUAAAUGUCGAUUUUCAACAAAGGAUCCUUUGCAGUAUAAAAAGCAUGUAGUUCAACAUGAGGAGAUUAAGUUUGUUUGCUCCCACUGUAACUAUGUAUCCUACACCAAAGGAGAAUUCCAACGGCAUUUGGUGAAACACACUGGAACUUUUCCAUAUCAAUGUGAAUACUGUGAAUAUGGUGCUGUUAGACAUGAUUAUAUAGUUAAGCAUACCAGAAGAGUACAUGAAACAGUUACUGAGAAGGGGCCAAUGAAUAUGGCUACAAAACAAGAGCAAAAGAGAUCUUGCUUACCAAAGAGAAGCACUUUGUUUUCUGAAAAGCAGAAGUGUGAUCAAAAAGUUCCUCUUCAGAAUGAACCUUCAGAUUUAUCAUCAAGUACAAUUUGCAGCAAAAUCCAAGAUGAAAUGAGCAAAACAGUUUGUUUGUCUGGCGAUGUAGAAUGUAGCCUAGGUACAGCAUCAGUCCGAGAUAAAACUGUAUUGGAACCAGCUGAAGUAAACAUAUAUGAGAACCAAAAUGUGGAAGUUGAAGUUUAUUCUCCAAAAAAAGAGCCCAUACAGCCUGGAAUGCCAUUAACAGUGAUUGCACCUUCAGAACUUGUAGUUCCUUCUAACUGCUUAGCUCAGUUAUUAGACAUAAAAAUAGUGAAUGGCACACAACAGUUGGUUCUUAAACUUAUUCCUCUGAAAGAAACCAGUAAUAAACCUAUAAACUGCGAAGAAGAAGAACUGGGAAAUCAAGGUGCAGAACAAACAAAGAAAGGAAAAAGAAUAACUUCUGUUGCUCAAAAUGAAUUAACCACCGAAGCAACUGUAAAUUUAUCUAGUAUUAGUAACAUUUUUGCUUCAGAUAAUAAAUACCACAAGAACUCUGAAUGUCUUAAUUCCUCCAAUUCUCAUACUUCAGACUGUAACUCAAAUGUACCUAGGCAGGAUAAAUCAAGAAUAAGUUGCCCUAAAUCCUCAAAUAAGGAAAAAUAUGCAAAAAAUGAUUUAUACUGUUCUAAAGAGACUCUGGACAUGUCCACAUGUGCAUAUGCUGCUUCCUCUGAAGGUGAUAGAUCCCAAACUGUUUUGUUGCAGGCAGCUCAGAAGAGCAACAGUUCCUCUUCAUCUCUUGCCCUUGGAGAAAAGGACAUAUUGCCUUUAAAUGGUGAUGACAAAGAAUGCAGGAGCCACAUCAUUAGCUCUCUGGAAACACAUUUAUUUGAUACCUGUUUGGUUAAAGAAUCUUUGAAAACUUCUCAAGGAGGGGGAGAGUUCUGUUUAAAUAAAAGUGCAUCUUUAGAGGAAUCAAGUGUUGGCUUAAGUAAAUUAAACACAGAGCACUCUGAUUGUCAAAAUAAUCUAUUAGAAGCUUUAGAAUUGCAGAAUGUAGAAAAUAAGGACAGCCCUCCUGAGGGUCCUGUCAUUUCAUCUGUAUUUUCCCUUAGCUCUGGGGCUGAAAACAUCCCAGAGGGAAUCAAGUGGGAUAAUACUGCAUGCAAUAAAAAGUCAACAACAAUGCUGUGUAGAAAGAUUGCUCAGUUGAUGUCUGCUGCUGAGUGUAAUGUGAAAUCUACAUUGGCUGCUUCACCUAUGCCUGUUAGAUGUUGUGCUUCUAAUAAGAAGAUGCCUUUGCCUCAGGAAACUUUAGCAAACUCUGAAAAAAAUGUCCCUGUUACUGAAUUGGAACAAUUUGCAUCUUCUCUUCAAACACCGCAGAAUGGUGGGAUUGGUAAUGAACUGUGUAAUAAACAACAACCACAAUCACGGUCAGCUACAACAAAAACUAAAAGUAGAAUGACUAAAAACACUCACAUUGCUACUCCAGUGUUCAUUCCAAAAGGGACAGUGCUGAGGGUCCUGAAUGUCACUAAGAGUGAGAACACAAAAGAAGCAGGAGAUAACAAAAUGACAUCUGCUACGCUGUGUUGCAACGAAAUGUUUCUACCACGACCAGUUCCUUUCAGCAUUUCUGAGAAACUAAGCAGUAACUUACCUUUGCCCAAUGAGAGUGAACUUAAUGAGCAGUCCAGAAAUCAAAAUAUGUCACUUAGGCACAGACCAAAAAGAGAGGCUAAUGCAAAAAGUAAUAGCAAACAAAAUUGUGUACUACUGCAUCAAAAAAGUGAUGAGCUAAGUAAGCAGAGCAAACUUACUUCAAAGGAUCAACUUGUACCUAAAAAUAAGGUAAAACCAGCAAAUUCCAGGGAUUAUUUGUCUAAGAAGAAAACAAGAAUUCACUCAGAAACCAAUGGCAUUUCUGAGGCGAUGCCUCUUUUGACAGCAAGACGUCUUAGGCUUGUACCUCUUAGAGAACAUCAGUUGAUAAAAUGUCCUCGUCGUAACCAGCCUGUAGUUGUGUUAAAUCAUCCUGAUGUUGAUUCAGCAGAGGUAAUUAAUAUAAUGAAAAUUGUCAACAAGUAUAAAGGCAAUAUUGUGAAAGUCGUUUUAUCAGAAAGAACGAGUAGUUGUCUUGGUGUGAAACAGUAUAAUAAACGGCUUACAUUUCAGAACUUGGAAACAACAAGCCAAAUGAAAAAGCAGAACUUUUUAAAAAUGAAGCUAAAAAAGACCCAUAAAAACAACUACCGGGUUGUGGAAACGUCACCAGCUAAAACACUGCAGUGUAUGUUUAAGUGUUGGUUUUGUGGAAGGAUAUAUGUAGACCAGGAAGAGUGGAUAAGUCAUGGACAGAGACAUUUGAUAGAAGCAACCAAAGGCUGGGAUGUUCUUUCUCUUCCUCUAGAGAGCCACAAGUGAGAAACUGUCAGUUUACUGCACUUAUUUUAACACGAGUGCCAUUAAUUUGUUUGGAAAGGGAGACAGAAGUAAAUAUUUUACUGGAGGAUUUUUAUAUUUAGCAGGUGGGAGAGUGGUAAUAGGGAUUACAAACUGUAUGAGAAGCCAGUCUUGAGCACUAAACACUACAUAGCACUCCGAUGUCUGAAAUAAGUGUUACGGCUAUCCCUUGCUUUUUUGAAGGAGACCUGGAAAUGAUUUGCUCUGAAACAUUCAAGGUGUAAUUCUCUUCAAUAGGACACUAUUUGCAGUAAUGUUAUGUUGCAGGGUCAAUAGGGUUUUAAAAUAUAUCCAACUAUAUGACCUGUGUGAAAUUAAUUGAAUUCUGUCUGAUUUUACUACUACAGCUUAGUGGUUCAGAGAUCAGGCAUAAGUCUAAUGAAGAGCAUCUUUGACCCCUCUGUGAAUAAAAAAAUGUUCAUCAUAAUUUAGUAGCAAAUUUAAAAAAAAAUGUCAGAGGAAGAAACUGGUGCUGAAUCUGAUCAAACUCAAAUUUUAUGGAACAGAAGUAACUCGACUGACUUUAGUGGAGCUACACCAGUGUAAAUGAGGAAUUGGUGAGAUCAGAAUCAGACCCAUUAUGUGGAAUGGCAAUGAAAGCUUAAUUCUGUGUUGUACAGUCAGGGGCCAAGUUGUGUCUUGUGCCACACAGGUGUGAAGUGGGAAGAGGACACAGGUGGCUACUUACUGUGCAAGCAAGCAGGAGCUCAACUUAGAGUGCUUGAAAUGAGGCCUGGCUUCUUUACUAGCUGGCAUGAUGUGAUUCUGAUGGAUUGUGCUUUAAUGAGUUAGGACCUGACCACACCAACGCAUGCUGUAGGGCGUAAUGAUCAGUGCUCUGUGUAAUCCCAUUAGAAACGUACACGUUCAGGAUAGAGUCUUUAACUAGGACCCAAGCCAGCCUAGCAGCUAGUGCAUAGAUAAGACGAACUAGCUGGAGAAACAAACUGCUGCUUUGAAAAAAGAGAAAGUAUGAUGCAGAACUCUACAUUGCCAGUACCUAUCCACAUUUUCAGUAGAAUCUUUGUUUAGACAUCCUAAAUUUGAAGAAUUUGCAUGUUAGAAUCUACACAUGUAAGCCUGAAUUCAGCAAGCUACUUACCAAUAAUAAUAAUAAGCACAUGCCAUUGAUUGUUGUGUGACUACUCAGUAAAGUCAAUAGGAUGAUUCAUGUGCUAAGUGCCUUGCUGAAUGAAGGUGAGUUUUUAGUGGGGAUGGAGGAUGGAUGAUAGUGAAGUUAAGAAUUUUCUUGGUUAUCUUGUCGCAAAUUGUAAACCAUUUUAUUUUUUAAAAUUUCAUGUACAGCAAGUGAUGAAUUGAGCACAUAUUUGCAGUCACAUUUCUACAGGUAAAAAAAUAAUUAAUUUAAUGCUGGAGAUAUAUUAUACAUUUGAACUUUGUAUAAAUGCUUGUAGUUCCUAAUUGUUAACAGUGGAAAAACACAUUUUGUUA